GGCCAUUACUAAUAGAGCCUUGUAAACAAUCGUUAAUCAUGUAAGGACUGCCGGCCAUUGGAUUCGGACCGGGAGCGCGGACCGGGAGCGCGGAGCGCAGCGCGGGGCCGCGGCCCCUCCGCCUGCCCCCUCCCCGCCCCGGGCAGCCCGGCCCCAGGCAGCAGCAGGCGCGCCGCGGCCAGAGCCCCGAGCAGCAUGCGGAGAGCCGCCGCCGGGGCCCCGCCAGCAUGUACGUGAGCUACCUCCUGGAGAAGGACGGGCCCAUGUACCCUGGCCCGGUGCGCCACUCGGGGGGGCUGAAUCUGGCGGCGCAGAACUUCGUGGGUGCCCCGCAGUACGCGGACUACGGCGGGUACCAUGUGAACCUCGACGGCGCCCAGUCCCCCGGGCCGGCCUGGCCCGCGCCCUACGCCGCCCCGCUCCGCGACGACUGGGGCACCUAUGGCCAAGGGGCGCCGCCGGCCGCCGGCGCCGUCCACGGCCUCAACGGGGGCUCCCCCGCCGCCCCCAUGGCCUACAGCCCCGCCGACUACCACCACCACCACCACCACCCGCACGCCCACCACCACGCCGGCCCCGCGCCCCACUGCUCCGCCGGGGUCGUGCAGCCCCUCAACGCCGCCGGCGCCGCCGCCAGCGCCGCCCCCGAGCCGCUCUCCCCCGGUGGGCAGCGCCGCGGCCUCUGCGAGUGGAUGAGGAAGCCGGCGCAGCCCCCGCUCAGCAGCCAGGUUAAAACCAGGACGAAAGACAAGUACCGCGUGGUGUACACCGACCACCAGCGGCUGGAGCUGGAGAAGGAGUUUCACUACAGCCGCUACAUCACCAUCAGGAGAAAAGCGGAGCUGGCCUCCAACCUGGGGCUGUCGGAGAGGCAGGUGAAAAUCUGGUUCCAGAAUAGGCGGGCGAAAGAGAGGAAGAUCAACAAGAAGAAGCUGCAGCAGCAGGCGCAGCCCGGCGGCGCGGAGCCCCUCAGCCCCAGCGGCUCCUUGCAGGGUCCCGCGGCGGGGGCGGGAGCCGCCGGGCUGGGCCCCGCCGCCCCGCAGUGA